GGACAAGUUGAGUGGAGCAGGGAAGCGGAGAAGCGAAGGGGGAGGAGUUGGGUGACGGCUCAAACCCAGAGCUACUGCUCUAAGCACAGCUUGCAGGUGUCGAAUUCGAAUAGAGAGAACCUGGACUCCCAAGUCGCACGUGCUCUUCCUGAGCGCACCCCCCAUUCGUCGGCUGCGAGCCGCUCGAUGGUUAAUUCUCACGCCACUUCUUGGCUUAAGUCAUCGGAAUUCAGAACCUGCAAGACGUGAACAGGACCGCAGCAUUCGUCACGAGCGACCAUGGCUGGUCUCGUUGCUCCCAGUUCCUCCGUUAGUCCCGCGACGAUCAUUCAGAAGGACAAACAGGGGUCGCCUCCUAGCAAGUUUUCGCAGCCUCCCCUCGUGGAAGUGUCUGAACUGACCGUGGAGCUCGAGGCAUGGGAAGUCGAUCUGUUCGCACUGCCCGGUGACGAAAUCGGCGAGAUUGGCGAAAUUGGCGAGAGUGUCGCGCCGACUGCCGCUCCGAUGGAUGCUCUUGAACCUCUCGCAAUCGCCGUGGAAUUCGGCGGUUCGUUGAACCAAGACGGUCUCGACACGCCGUGCUCGCCAAUGGCCGCCUCGCCGUUUCUCUCGGCGAGCGAGGGGUUUCUGGACGGCCUCACGCCGCUGAGUGCCUUCCACGAGAGCGACGAAGGGCCUCUCGCCGUUCCCAGCGACGAUCUUGACGAGCUCGACGCGAUUCUCUUCCCGUCCCUCCCCACCAUCAACAGCAUCACCAGCAGCAGCCCCGCCGUUCUGCCCCCGCCGCAGCAGUGCCAUCCCUUCCACCACCGCCAGCACCAGCACCAGCGUUACAAGCACAAGCACAAGUACAAGAAGCACCCCGGAAAGAAUCGUGAGGCCUCGAUUUUCCGGCGCAACAGCGGGGCUGCGCACCGAGCCUUGGAUCGCCUGCUGGCGGACGGCGGGAUUGCCGGCAAGCGGGCUCGCAGCGCUCGCGGGAGCAUCCGCGGCAGCAUCAGCAAGUGCAGCAGUGGGGAGAAGAACGAGAGCGAGGUGGGGGCUUUGCCGCUGGAGUUUGGCGAGAAACGUGGAAGUGACGAGACGCGGAAUUUGGAUCGACUGGAACUGGUGGAGUCGACUCUUAGGCCGUUGGUUGAGCGCAAGGGCGACCAGAUAAACGCGAGCAACGCUGCGGAUGCCGCGAACGCCGCGAACGGUACUACCGUGGACGGGGAAAGCAGCGGUGGAGCCGGCAGCGCUGAAGACCUCUCAAGACGACACCCCAGCGACGGCAGCGCGAUUGUCUCGCCAAACGACCGGAGCGCUGAUAGUCCAAGUGCUGAAGGCGUUAACCACGGAAGCAGGAGUGAGGAGAGCAAGGGGAGUAACAAGCGGCCGUGGUCCUCCCCGCUCGUUGCGUACCUCCUCUCCCCGCCCUCUCCUCGCUCAGCCAAGCGCCGUGCCAUGCCGCUCACGCCCGCGCCGUCGCCAAUUUCGCUGGGGAAUUCGCCCAGCGGUUUCUUGUCGCGAGGGCUGGAAGAGGACCUUCUGGAGCUGCCUGCCGCCCUACGCGCGGUUGCAGACACGGCCGACGCAUCAAAGACACCUCUUACUCCGGAUCAUGCCGCGAUUAUUCCUUCUCCCUCGUUCGCAAGUCCUGCUACAACCGUGUACCGUCCUGCCAUAGCCAUCUCGCCUUCCUCUGCUGAUGCCGCCGCCACCUCAUCCUCUCCUGACACCACUGCCGCUGCUGCUUCCGCUGCUGCUGCUGCUGCUGCUGCCGCCUUCGCCUCGCGGCGCUGCUCGCACUGCUCCACGACCACCACGCCGCAGUGGCGAACGGGCCCUCUGGGCCCCAAAACCCUGUGCAACGCGUGCGGCGUGCGGUUCAAGUCCGGCCGCCUGUGCCCCGAGUACCGCCCCGCCAACAGCCCUGGCUUCUCGCCCAAGCUGCACUCCAACCUGCACCGGAAAAUCGUCCAGAUGCGCGAGAAGGGAGGGGGUGGAGGGGGUGAGAGAGGGGGUAGGACUGCCGAGUCUGUGAAAGGGAUGGAGGUUCAGGGUUUAAGAAAGAUGAGGAAAGUGAAGGAGUGUGGAGAGGGACGGAGGGAGGAGGGAAGGCAAGGGAGAGGCGGAAACACGGGUGUAGCAGCUGGAGACGGUUCUGCUGUCGUUGAAGGGGUGGGAUCUGCUGUGAGGGCUGUGCAAGAGAGGGGGCAAGGGAGGGUGCAGGAGAGGUGGGAUGAGAAGGUGGUCGUUGCACUGAGCCCUUUGAGUGGCGGUGGAAAGAAGCACCGGAAGAGUGACAUUGUUGCUGCUCGACGAGCGGACGCCCAGGCUGCAGUCACACGUGUCCUUCAGUCCACUCAAGGGGUUGUCGAGUUGCUGCAAGGUGCUGCUGAGGGCGCUGCUGAGGGUGCUGCUGAGGGUGCUGUUGAGGGUGCUGCUGAGGGCGCUGCUGCACAGAUUGCCGGCAACUGUGAGGAAUAUGAGACAGCGGAGAGCAUGAGGCCAGCACGUGUCGUGGUUCAGGGUGAAGCGCCCGUGGUGCAAGGAGAGCACGCAGAGACUGGUGCAGAAGGUGAGAGUAAAGUGGAGGAGAUGGUUGGGCCAAGUAAACCACACCGAGUUGGCCUGGAGGACAACAAGAUCGAAGCUGAUAAGAAUGGGGGCAGUGGCGUUGGAUGUGGCGACUCUGGAGACGUCAAGGUUGAGAAGGCAGAUGGAGGUGCGGAGGGAAGUGCGGGAGGCAGCAGUGCUGCAGUCUGGGAUGUUCCGUGCGCAACAGCUGCGGCUACAGACUUGCCAGUCUUCUCUUCGAAGGCGAAAACGGUGCCUCAUGGCGCUUGUGACGAAGGGACCACGGGCAACGUGCGUGGGGGUGCUCCUGGUGGCGCUGCCAUGGCUACUGCUGCAAGUGCCAGUGCAGCCAUUGUGACCCUCCAGAGGAGCUGCUCCAGUGGAGCUCAUCUAACAAGCAAUUUCGUUGCUGCUUCAGCUUGAGAAUUUUGGCUGUUACCUCUGCCGGUGGCUUCAGCAAGCGCCAGUGCAGCCAUUGCGAAUUUGCGACCCUGCAGAGGCGCUGCUGCAGUCGAGCUCAUGGCGUUGCUGCUUCAACAUGAUCGAACCUGACUGCUGGCUAUUUGCCAUGGCUGCUGCAUCUGGUAAUGCUGCAGCCAUGGCGACUCUCCAGAGGAGCUGAGCUAGUGGAGCUCAUUCGACACCUAAUCUCGUUGCUGCUUCAGCACCAUGGAUGCUGCUGUUGUUGUAACAUGCACAUGGUUUUCACUUUGACUCAAUAACAUGCAAGUGCUGGUGGUGCAGGCAGCCAUUGUUGUGAUUCUCCGCUGGAGCUGCUUCAGCGGAGAGCAUUUGGCCGAUGGCUGUGUUGCUGCUUCAGCUCGACAGGUUCGUCAGGCUGUGCGGGGAUAUCUUUUGGCCUUCUAUCUGCCCAUUCUUUUUGGUGUGGUGUGGUGUGGUUUACUGAACAUUGUUUUGGCUUUUGCAGAAUGAAAAUUGUUCUGUGAAGCAUCUGUUGUAGGAAUGUCCGAAUCUAGGUUUUAGAGGGAAGCAUUGGAAAAAACUAGAGGUUCGAUAGACCAAGUUGCUUCUAUAGAUGCCAUAGUAGUAGUGGAAAUAUCACAUGUUACGUAAGAAAAGAGCUAUUCACUA